AUGACUUCAGUCAUCAUCAGAGUCUCUUUAUCUGCGGAGCGUUUGAAGAUUCUCCGCUGGAGUCCAUUCAGUCCUCAGACUCCCGCGAGUCUGAAACACUUCCCUCUCAUUGAGCUCUUUGCUGUCAGUAAUGAUGCUUAUCUCCUCACACCAAAGGCCAGCUUCGGUCUGUUUCCCGCUAUCCUGAACCUGGCCAGCAAUGCUGAAAUCACCACGAACGCCACCUGUGGCGACCCGCUUCCCGAGAUGUUCUGUAAACUGGUGGAGCACGUUCCUGGAAGACGAAUCCGUAACCCUCAGUGUCGGCUCUGUGAUGCAAACAGCCAGAAUCCCAAAGAGCAACAUCCCAUUACUAGCGCCAUCGACGGCACCAACCAGUGGUGGCAGAGCCCGAGCAUCAAGAACGGCCGUCAGUUCCACUGGGUCACCGUCACUCUGGACUUACGACAGGUCUUCCAGGUGGCGUACAUCAUCAUCAAAGCGGCGAACUCUCCGCGGCCCGGGAACUGGGUUCUGGAGCGCUCUCUGGACGGAGUGGACUUCCAGCCGUGGCAGUACUACGCCAUCAGCGACACCGAGUGUCUGACCCGAUACAACAUCACACCCCGCCUCGGGCCGCCCACCUACAAGAGAGACGACGAGGUCAUCUGCACAUCCUACUACUCGCGCCUGGUGCCGCUGGAGCACGGCGAGAUCCACACGUCUCUCAUAAACGGCCGACCCAGCGCAGAUGAUCUGACCCCAGAGCUGCUGGAGUUCACCUCUGCUCGCUUCAUCCGGCUGCGUCUGCAGAGGAUCCGAACGCUCAACGCCGACCUCAUGACCCUCAGCUACCGCGACCCCAAAGACGUGGACCCCAUCGUCACCCGGCGGUAUUAUUACUCCAUCAAGGACGUCUCGGUGGGCGGGAUGUGUAUCUGUUAUGGCCACGCCCAGAGCUGCCCCUUGGACCCUGUUACCAAGAAGCUGCAGUGUGUGUGUGAGCACAACACUUGUGGCCAGAGCUGUAAUGAGUGUUGCCCUGGAUACCAUCAGGAGCCGUGGCAACCUGGAACGCUUUCCGAUGGAAACACAUGCGAGAUAUCUUUUUAUUUAACAUGA